AUGGAGAGCUUGAGUGAUGAGGUCUGGGAUGCUGUCAUAGCUGGGACCAGCAUUCCCCAGUCGCUUUUGGCGCUGGCUCUUUCUCGUUCAGGCAAGAAGAUCUUGCACGUGGAUCGCCAUGCCUAUUAUGGAGGUGAUGAUGCCGGCUUGAGUCUGGACCACGCCCAGGGAUGGGUUGAAGAAUUGCGGCAAUUCCGAAGCACAGUGUUCAAAGAUGCCUCGAUAUCGAGGCAUGCCGACGACGAAUCUGGGGCCUCCUCGCCACUUGGACCGUCACGAUCAUAUACCCUGAGCUUAAGCCCCCAAAUUAUCUAUGCCAAAUCCGAGUUUCUCCCCAGCCUCGUCUCAUCACAGAUCCAUAGCCAACUGGAAUUCCUUGCUGUUGGGUCCUUGUGGGUACUAGGCGACGGGAAACUGCACAAGAUACCCAGCACCCGUGAAGAUGUGUUCAAUGACGAGUCACUUUCAAUGAAGGACAAGCGUGGGUUGAUGAAGUUCUUGAGAUACGUGAUGCAAGAGGAGGAAGAAUCGACAACGGCCUCAGAAGAAGACCACACCAGCAUGUCGCUCAAAACGGCCUUGUCAACGAAGUUCAAAAUCCCAGACACUCUGCAGGCUCCACUGGUAGCACUUGCACUGUCCCCUGCUGCAGCCGACUCGGUGCCCUUCGACAAAGCCCUAAUCAGGAUCAGGAGACAUAUGAGGUCUAUGGGUCAUUUUGGUCAAGGCUUCGGGGCGGUUGUUGCGAAAUACGGCGGCACUGCAGAAAUCUCACAGGUGGCCUGUCGUGCCGGUGCUGUCGGCGGAGGCGUGUAUCUCCUGGGGCACGCCUUGCAAGAUCUCGGUGCCACUGAUGACACAACUGUUCCAGAUGGCGGGGAUAGUCCUCUUAUUGAAUGCACGCUUUCCGAUGGCACCCGAAUCCGGACUCGAUAUGUUGUUGGAAACCGUGAUGACAUUCCACUUUCGAAAGACGCUGUGGAAGAAGUGGCCUCGUUCUGCACUACCUGGAGCUCUAUCAAUAUCAUCGCGAAUCCGUUAAAAUCAAUGUUUCCUCCGACAUCAGACAAUGGCCCCGUUCCCGCAGUCACAACUGUGCUGUUGGAUGGUGGCACCCCUGAGCACAAGGAUCCAAUUUAUCUGCAGAUUCACUCAGAAGAUACAGGAGAAUGUCCGGCUGGUCAAUGUCUUAUAUAUGCUUCGGUCGUUUCUGAGGAUGCCUCCAGCAAAGAUCGGCUCGAAGCUGCUGUCAGAAUGUUUCUCGACACUGUGGGUGCAAAAGACUCACUCCUGUGGUCGCUCUCAUAUCGAGCUUUGGGCCCUGCUAUAGACUCUUCUCUCGGUUCUCCGCCGCCACGGAAGCACCCACAGGUCAUUAUAUUUCAACCCAAGCCACAAGACAUUGCCUUUGAUGAUGGUGUCCUCCACGCAGUCAACGACGCUUGGCAGGUAAUUUUGGGGCCAGAAGCUGCUGCAAACAGCACAUUUCUGAGGUUCGAGGAGCAGGAAACCGAGUUCGAAGAUUAG